CAAUUAUCGAGGACUGCUGCCCAUUUUAUUGGCGUCGUCGGAGCUCAAGCGCAAGUCCCCCGCCCUGCGGCCCGCCCGAUUUUCUCAAAAUCAGCAGCGGCGCCGGCUCUUGCAGUGGUUUAGAUUCCGAAUCGGCGAUGAAGGAGGAGCUCGCCAGGAAGAACUUCAUAGAACAGAAUUCGGUUCUGGAUGAGGGUCGGGGGCGAGCCCGAGAGAAGCUCGAUGACGCUUCUGGACGACGCCGGGUCGGUUACUCCCAUCCGCGGAGACGGUGGAAUCGCGGUCCCGAGGGCGGUGGACGACGUGUGGCGCGGUGGCCCCUACGACGGGUGAGGAUUUAGGGGGUUUAUGCUUAAGAGACGAAAUCCGGCGUUGUUGGGAUGAACGAGGGUGUGGAGGUUGAGGGUUUUGGCAGAGGGGAAGGAGAGAGGAGUAUGAGCUUGUCGGAGCCUCUGGAUAAGGCGGAACAGUGGAGGCAGAGAAGAAUGAGCAAGAACAGGGAGUCGGCCACGAAGUCCAGUGAGCGUAAGCAGGCGUAUCAAGUGGAGUUGGAGUCGAUUUUAUUUGGCAUAUCAAGUGGACUUGGAGUCGAUGGUGGCGAGAUUACAAGAAGAAAAGGAGCUGUUUCUGAUAGAAAAAAAGGACAUGAUGACAAGAUUCUAGAACUAAAUUACACUGUGUUCUCAAAUCCUUUGGCAGAGCAAACAAAGAAGAGGCUUAAGCAGCUAAUGGAGAAUGUGAUUCCUGUAGUCGACAAGAGAAGAGAAAACCACCAUGCAUGCGCAGGGUUCGAUCCAUACAAGGGUGAAACUUUACUGGCCUCUAGGAUUUAUUAAUGUAUAGUAUAGUUGAGAGCUGAAAAAUGCCUGUCUUUUAGACAUAGGACUAAGUUGCAGUGGAGCUGCAUCUGGGCUUUGAAGUGCUUGAGUUGAGCAAAUUUUCUCAAGCCCAGGCACAGCUUGUAGGUCUACUUGACAAAGAGUUUUAACGAGUUAGCUAAUAAAGUCCCAGCUCGAAUUUCAUGAUAAGUUUUCAUUACGUUUUCCCUUCUUUCAUUUUUG